CACUUCCUAUCUUACAGCAAACACAUCUAGAUCGCACCUUUUUGCGUCCGUGCUUUCUGUCACUACAGACUCGUCCCGUUUCUACACCGGCUGCCAUUUCCAGGCAUGGCAGACGGCUUUAUCCCAUCAUGGCAGUGGAACAUUACACUCUUGACUUCAAGCUCUGUGCGCCAGCUGACCAUUCUGCGACUGUACGUGGCCUGCAGUCUAUAUUUCAAGAGCAGGAAAUGACAGAGACUGUCCAUGACACAGAGGGACAUGGAUACUUGGCUACCUUCAUUGGCAAGAAUGGCAGGUUUGCUAUCCUGCGAGUGCACUCCCAUGGUCUGGUGACCUUUGACCUACAGUGCUGUGAAGGCGAUGAUAUAACACAAGUGGACAAUCUACUGAAUGCACUGGAAAAGAAGCUGAAGGCUCUCCUACAUGGAAAUGUCCAAAGAGUCAAAAGGUUGCCUGCAUUGCAGAGAGGAGCUGAGGUAGACAGGUACUGGCCAACAGCAGAUGGCCGUCUUGUGGAGUACGACAUAGAUGAAGUUGUGUAUGACAAAGACUCUGCAUACCAGAACAUCAAAAUCCUGCACUCGCAACAGUUUGGCAAUAUCCUCAUACUCAACGGGGACGUUAAUUUGGCGGAGAGCGAUUUACCUUACACACAGGCUAUCAUGGGCAGUGGCAGGGAGUGUUAUGCUGGGAAGGAGGUGCUGAUCCUCGGCGGAGGGGAUGGAGGCAUUCUCUGUGAAGCAGUGAAGCUCAAACCAAAGAUGAUCACCAUGGUGGAAAUCGACCAGCUUGUGAUAGACGGAUGUCGGAAACACAUGAGGAAGACUUGUGGAAAUGUUUUGGAUAACUUGAAAGGGGACUGUUAUGAGGUUUUGGUGGAGGACUGUGUUCCAGUCCUUAAAAAGUUCGUUGAAGAGGGAAGGACAUUUGAUUACGUCAUCAAUGACCUAACAGCAGUCCCUAUCUCUACAGCACCUGAGGAAGAGUCAACAUGGGAAUUCCUGAGGCUCAUUCUUGAUCUUUCAAUCAAAGUUCUACGAUCCAGUGGGAAGUACUUCACACAGGGCAACUGUGUGAAUCUCACUGAGGCGCUUGGUGAGUAUGAGGAGCUGCUGGGUAAGCUUUCAUGCAAGGUGGAUUUCUCCAAAGAAGUGGUGUGCGUUCCUUCCUACUUGGAGCUCUGGGUGUUUUACACUAUCUGGAAGAAGUAAAGCCGCUUCCCCUCCAAGCUCAGCCUACCGGAAUGUGAAAAUCCACACUCUGAUGCACUGAGGGGAGACAUGCACACAUCUCUCCAUGCACUGUUUUUACUGUCCCUCCAUGCUUACACAUCCCCCUUUUUUUCUUUUUUGAGAUCAGUUCAUAUUUUACUUCAAAUUAGUGUUUUUUUCGGGGUUUUUAUUUUGUGGGGUUGUUCUGUAUGAGCCCUCUAAGAUGGUGUAUGAAAGGAUUGAUGCUGAUGACACAGGUCUGAACGAUGAUUCAGCAUCCUUUCUGAGUAAAUCUUCUGAAGAUGAGCCAUUUCUCAAGAGAACAGCAGGCAACUGGCUUUUGGAUUCUGGUUUUAGCAAACAUUUAUGCAUUUUAUUGUAGCUCCACUGUUCUUGUAUUUUUAUUUUGGCUUCCUUUUGUUAGCAUAGUUUGAGUGAGUUCACCCGCAGGAAGUUUAAUAGCAGUGUUGCAUUUUGGGUUGCUGGGGAUUGCACCAGGAUAAUUAUUUUUCCAAUCAGAAGCAUAUGAAUAUGUUUUAAAAGGGAAAAGGUUCCUAUAAUGGCAAACUUCAUGCUUGUUUUCUUUGGCUGAACUGUGAACUUUUUUUAUUAUUAGCACCUUCAAAAUAGUUUUUUACUUUUUCCAUUUUUAAUUUUCUAUGACUUGGUGCAUGUGCUUGAAGAGAAGAGAUUUUUAUUGAAUGUAGUUUACACAUUUACAUUCAUGCCUUUGAUCCAUAUUAAGGUGCUUUGUUUAGAUUAUUUAUUUGAUUUUGUUUCACCAAUUACCAGUAAUUCUGCCCUGAAAAUACAUUCUGUUCAUGAGAGUGGUAAACAGGUAUUAAAUAAACUUGGAGAGAAAUGUUCUGCUUUCA